GAACCGCCUCAUUAUCACAAACAACAAUAAUGAUAUAUAAUCCUCUUUCCUCUACGUAAUUUUCUCUAACCCAUUCUUCUUUAGAAUCUUCAAUUUAUGGAGCUCUGCAAAGAGCAAAAAACAUGUAAAGAUGAUGAUGAAGAAUUGGUAUUGAUUCCAGGCUUACCAAAUCACUUAGCCCAGCUAAUCCUUGCAAAUCUCCACCCUUCUAUCCUUUACAGAGUUUCAAAUUCAUGGCGCCGAAUUAUUUAUUCUCCAAACUUCCCGCCAUUUUUCUCUCUGUACGCGCUUCUUUCCUCUUCAACCUCAUCAGCUUCAAAUUCAUCCGCCGAUUUCUUCUUCUGCUUUGACCCAAUUGCUUCGAGAUGGGAAUCUCUCCCGGCCCCACCAAUCUCCGAUCCUCCGGUGAAACUCCUCCAUCGCCACCCGUCUUUCAUCUCCAGAAUCCUCCCGAUCCAAUCCGUCACCGUUUCGAACCGAUUAGCUCUCCUGGCGGCCACUGACCAAAACUUCCUCCCGGCGAUUCAGGCGCCGUUGGUCUUCGACCCUUUAUCCGGCAAGUGGUCCUUCGGCCCUCCGUUGGCCAACCCACGCCGGUGGUGCAUAACGGGUCAGGCGCGCGGGUCGGUUUACGUCGUGUCCGGGUUCGGGUCGAACUACAAUGGUGACGUGGCGAGGUCGGUGGAGAAAUGGGAUAUGAAAAAGAAGGAAACCGAGUGGAUGUGGGAAAAGAUGACGGCGUUUAAAGACGGGAGAUACAGCCGGGAAGCCGUGGAAGCCGUGGGGUAUAACGGUAAGCUCUGUAUAGUCAACGUCAAAGGGAACGCGGUCAAAGAAGCGGCGACUUACGAUGUAGUCGCGGACCGGUGGGAGGUGAUGCCGGAGGGGAUGCGCGGCGGAUGGAACGGGCCGGCGGCGGCGGACGACGAUAAUGGGGUUAUGUAUGUGGUGGAUGAGACGACCGGAGUGUUGAGUCGGUAUGUUUUGGAGGAUGAUCGUUGGGAGGAAGUUAUUGGGUCGGAGUAUUUGAAAGGGGUUGAACAGAUAGCGGCCGGAAGGGGAAGAGUUUGUGCGGUUUGUGGCGGCGGUCGGCAUAUUGCGGUGGUUGAUGUGGUGGAUAACCCGGCGAAGAUACGGGUUUUGAAUCCGCCGCCGGAAAUGGAAGUUGUUGCUGUUCAUAUCUUGCCAAGGAUGGUCCGUUCUUCAGACGUAUAAACUGAUUUUCCACUGCAGAUUUCUCUUGGCUGAAUGAUCGAAGCAAUUCAGCUGUUCAUACUGCGUACUGUUAUCAUGACUUGGUGAAUCUGGUUUCUAAAGUUAAUGAGGGUUAACAUGCCUUCCAUGAUGAAGAGGAUAUGAGAACGUGACUAACCAAAGUGUUUUCCAAUUAUGGGGUGAAUUAAAAAUAUGACCACGUAUUGCACUCUGAUGUUUUUGUUAUAAGUCAUUUUGCUAAAUUUUAUUUAUUAUAUUUUUUUAAUUGAAAAUGAAAUUUUAAAAAUGUAUUUGCAAAUUUAUUAUG